UUCGCGUUCUCGGCUGGAAGCGUGAGACGUCAGCGCGGAAGCGGAGUGCAGCGGGGCAGCGGUUCGGUCCCGGUACCGGUCCCGGUCCCGGUCCCGGUAGAGCGCGGCUGAGCAGCUGCGCUGACGUUAUCAGAACGUGACCGCGGUUGCCGCCGGCAGGGGUCGAGUGAACGGCUGGGCGCGGGGGCGGGGCGUGCAGCGUCGCGUCUCGUCUCGAGCUUUGCCUUGGCCGGUGGCGAGCUGGAAGGACGUUCCGCUGAUUGGCCGGCCGAUCGGAAGAUUGGCGAAGGUGAACAGGAGACUGCAAGCUGAUUGGAUGGGGUCGAUUGGGGUGAUGACGCGGGCGCUGCUGACUCGCUCGCCUCGUGGAGUGACGGGCGGCGUGUGGUGGAAGCGGGCCGUUGCUGCGCGGCCGGGAGCGGCUAGUUGGUGCCGACAGGCUCGCCGUAGUUCGGUAGCAAGCCAGCAUUCCUGGGCCGUUGGAAAAAGCACAGCAGCCAUGCCGGUAAUAAACACUGACAACCUGGAUGCAAAACAGGUCCAGCUCUUGGCUGAAAUGUGCAUCCUGAUCAACGAGAAUGACAUUAAAACUGGAGCAGACACAAAGAGGAAUUGUCACCUCAAUGAAAACAUUAAUAAAGGUUUGCUUCACAGAGCCUUCAGUGUUUUCAUCUUCAACAGUGAGGGGAAACUUUUGCUGCAGCAGCGAUCCGACGCGAAGAUCACUUUUCCUGGUUGUUUUACAAACACUUGCUGCAGUCAUCCACUUAGCACAGCAGCAGAAAUGGAGGAAAAAGAUGCAAUUGGCGUAAGACGAGCAGCCCAGCGCAGGUUAAAAGAAGAGUUUGGCAUCCCUGUGCAACAGGUCCCGUUAGAAGAGAUGAAUUACUUGACCCGUAUUCACUACAAGGCUCAGUCUGAUGGGAUCUGGGGAGAACACGAAAUUGACUAUAUAAUAUUUAUACAGAAGGAUGUAACUUUGAAACCCGACCCAAAUGAGAUCAAAAGUUACUGCUACGUGACAAAAGAGGAACUGAAGGAUCUACUGGAGAAAGCAGAAAACAAGGCAGUGAAAAUCACACCGUGGUUCAAACUUAUUGCUGAGAAGUUUCUCUUUACGUGGUGGGAUAGUCUGCAUAAUCUUAAGCAGUUCAUAAACCAUGAGGAAAUUCACCGAAUGUAAAAUGCUUUAUUGGUUACUGAAUUCCCUUGAAGAGAACUAAUCAGUAAAGACACUAAUUUUUGUAAAUCAUUCACACUGGAAUUUACAGAGAAGUGGCUGUUGUGCUCAGUAUUGUGCAAAUAAAACCCGAGUGGGGUACUGGUUUUCAGGAAAAUGUAGUAAUUGUCUAAGGUAAUUAUUCUAAAUGUAGUUUAGGUUUGUUCUGUUUAUGUAUCAGCCAUAUGCAUGGUUGUACUGACAUGCAAGUUAUAAAUUUGUAAUUGUUUUUAGUGUAUUGAAGAGGUUUGUCAAUUAUGAGUACCCUGUUUAGUUAAAUAGCUCUAUAAAUGAUUUCAGUUGUAUGUGGAUACAUGCUUUGAUAAUAAAUUAAAUAAAAUGAUUGAAACCUAUCAUAACAGAUCUUGAAG